UCUAUACAAGGUCUGCAUUGCGUAAAGGCUAGGUACUAAAGGCAUCUGUUGGGUCAAGGAAGAACUAAAACUGGGAUAAAAUGCAACAGGCAAAUAAAAAAUUUUGUAAGCAAUCAAUCGCAUUGUACGCCAAUCAAUAUUUGGGUAUUCGUGAGAAAUAUAUCGAAAUACCGAUAGUCGACAAUAAAGAGUUAAGGGAGAAUUUAAUCGCACGCAUCGAAGCUGUUACGCUGAAAAUAAUAGAACAGAUAUCUGCCGAACAGGCACCGCGUAUAUCAUAUUUCAACGGCCAAAAUAUUAUUUCGAAAUUGAGCACACAUGAAGAAAAUGUUUAUCCAGAAAGUUCAUCCAGCUCGAAUUCAAACUCACAAUUAGUCCAACAGGAAACGAUGUUUUUCAAAGAUACCUUAACCGAAGAGCAAGAUGCAGAUAAUAGGGAUAUUCCUCAAAAAUCGGAAAAGACAAUUAUCGAUUUCACAAUGAGAAGCAGAAGAAACAAAUUUGUUUUAAUAGUGGUAAUACUGGCCGAGAUUCAUUAUUUGCUGAUAAGGAACAUUACCAAGACCAGACGAUCGUUUUAUUACAAUCUAAAGAGUGAAGCAACUAAAUUAUAUUUAGUACCUAGCCAAAGAUAUAUCGAUCGUGCGUUGAAUGAUAUCGCUAAUUUGUUAGGAUGUGCGCCGUGGGAUUUGGGACUGUUAGCGACGGCUAAAGGAUUGAUGGCAGGAAAUAUGACCAUCACAUUAGUCGGCAAUCAAGUCAUUGACUGUACGAUAUCGGGUGGCGUGCAAAUUCCGCAAAAUUCGAAUAUAACUUCCAUUCGUGCGAAAGCCGAGUUCGUUUUAGUUAUCGAGAAGGACGCGAUUUUUCAAAAGUUGCUCGAAGAAAACUGCUCUCGCGCCCUAAGAUGCAUUCUAGUGACGGGCAAGGGUUAUCCGGAUGUAGCUACGAGGAUGUUAGUCAAGAUGCUAUCCGAGAAGAUGGACUUGCCGGUCUACAUACUCGUAGACGCGGAUCCUUUUGGCGUAGACAUUAUGUUAACUUAUCGCUUCGGCUCAUCGACCCUUUGUAAGGAAAACGAGAGCUUGGCUUGUCCUAACGCACGUUGGCUCGGAAUCCAUCCCUCGGAACUGAACUCUCUUACAGGAGUGAAAACAAUCCCUCUCACCGAAGCCGAUCUCGUAAAACUGAGAUCCAUCGAAGCCCGGAGUUACGUAAACGCAGCUAUAUCGAAGGAAUUGAGCAUAUUGCGAAAGGGCAAGGCAGAAAUAGAGGCGAUGUCCUCUUCGAAGGACUUUCUUACGCAUACAUAUUUAUUUUCCAAAAUAAAUGAUCGGGAUUAUAUUUAA